GACGAAAUCAUCAGAACGGCAUAAACUGCAGAAUUUUCCCCUCUCUCAGCCGUCCCGAAACUUCAAAAACUUUCUUCCAGGGGGAUACUGAAGCUUAGAGAUGGGCAUGGGGUGGCUGCUGCUCGCCCUCCUGGGGUACGUCAGUGCGGAGUCAGCCCCUAUGUUUGGGGAGAUCACAUCCCCCAACUACCCACAAGGUUACCCCGAUAAUGCCAAGGAAUCCUGGGAUGUGCAGGUGCCCGAGGGCCACGGCAUCCAAUUGUACUUCAUUCACCUGGACAUCGAGCCCUCCAACGGGUGCGAGUAUGACUUCCUGAAGGUAAUAAUUGGAGAUGCUGUUCAGGACACGCUGUGCGGACGUAGUUUGGAUGGAGCCACAGGACUCCCCAUAAAAGAGAGAUAUUACCCCACCAACAAACUAAAACUGCUAUUCACCUCUGACUUCUCCAACCAAGAGAGACACACAGGAUUUUCAGCCUACUACAUAGCAGUAGACAUUGAUGAGUGUGACGACAACUCCAUGAAUCCCUGUUCACAUUUCUGCAACAAUUACAUUGGAGGAUUCUUUUGCUCCUGCCCACCGGAAUAUGACCUGCAUGAAGACCAGCACACCUGUGGAGUGAACUGUAGCGGGGGUAUGUAUACAGAACUCAAAGGUCAGAUUAGCAGCCCUGGAUACCCCUCACCAUACCCUGAGAACUCUCUCUGUGAAUAUAAAGUGCUGCUGGAGUCUGGGUACCAGGUCAUAAUCACCUUUCAGCCAACGGACUUCGAUAUCGAGGAGGCAAAUGACCGGAGCUGUUCCUAUGACACUUUGACUAUAAAAGCCAAAGGCCGCAAGUUUGGUCCCUACUGUGGGAAAACGCCCCCACCCCGCAUUGAGACGGCAAGCAAUGAAGUGGAUAUCAUUUUCCGAACAGACAGCGGUGGGGACAACAAAGGCUGGAAGUUACGCUACUCAGAAGAAGCUAUUCCUUGCCCCAGUAAGGUAGCGGAGAAUUCUAUGCUGGAUCCCCACAGUGACAAAUAUGUAUUUAAGGACAUGGUGACUGUCAGCUGCAAGGAAGGAUAUGAGAUUGUAAAAGGAAAUAAAAAAAUGCCAUCUUUCCAGGCUAAUUGCCAAGCAGAUGGAACCUGGAGCAACUCCCACCUGAAAUGCCAGCCUGUGGACUGUGGGGAACCUGAGGAAGCUGACUAUGGCAAUGUGACGUUUGACUCAACCACCUAUAAAGCACAAGCCACGUACAGCUGCAAGUCAGAAUAUUAUACGCUGUCCGGAGAAGAAACCUAUCACUGCUCUUUGAAUGGACUUUGGGUAAACAGCAAAGGACAAAGUGAUCUCCCCAAGUGUAAAACAGUCUGUGGCAAAACCACCUUGGAGCUUCAUUCCAGAAUAUAUGGCGGUUCUGAGGCACAGAGCGGGUACUUCCCGUGGGUCGUACAUUUAGCCUCAGAAAACAUAGGAGGGGGAUCACUCAUAUCUGAUCAAUGGGUCCUCACAGCUGCCCACGUGGUCCAAGACAUUCCCCAACCCAAACUAUUUGCCGGUGAUGUCACCCAUCGUAUAGCAAUUGAACUUGAGGCCAAGAAGGUCAUUCUCCACCCCGACUGGAUUAUACAAGACAGUGCAGUCAGAAAGAAUUAUGACAACGACAUCGCCCUCGUCCAGCUGAGCCGUAAAGUUGAAAUGGGCCCCUGUAUCUGUCCAGUAUGUCUGCCAGAAAAUAUGGAGGAUUCUUCCCCUGCUGUCAAUGAAGUCGGGUAUGUGGCGGGCUGGGGAAAGACAAGCGAUUACUUCAACAGACUAAGAACCAGAAAACUGCGGUACGCCCUUGUUCCUGUCCGCAAAACCGAAGAGUGCAAGAAGUCGGUAAACACCGACCAAGUCUUUACCGAAAACAUGAUGUGUGCCGGUGGAGAUGGUAAGGACAGCUGUCAAGGCGACAGCGGCGGUCCGCUCAUGUUCAGAUAUGUUUCAGAUGAGGUUAAGGACGACAGAUUGUAUAUUGGCGGCGUUGUCUCCUGGGGCAUUAAAUGUGGUGAUUUCGGAAUGUACACCAAAGUGAAGAAUUAUCUGCCGUGGAUUAAAGAGACAAUACAGAAGACCGAACAGGAAGACGGUGACCAGAAAACUGAAACAUUAAAGAUCUGUAAAUAGAAUGGUGUGGUAAAUAGGAAGUGACAUCAUUUCCUGUCCAAAUUAUGUUUUUUAAUAAGGGAUAUGUGAG